AUGGGGCCCAACAAAGCUAUCGCGGCCGCAAUCGUGGCAUUCGCAGCCCAAACAGCUAGUGCGAAACCCGUUGACAUUCAACCAAAAAUUAUUGGAGGAUGGGAAGCCAACCAGGCUGAGUGGCCUUGGAUCGUCUCUAUACGACUUGAAUAUCCGGGCGGGCGACAUCGCCACAUCUGCGGCGGAACGUUGGUGUCACCCGACACUAUAGUCACGGCCGCCCAUUGUAAUCAAGAUAGACUCCGGCCUGGCUUGUUUUCAGUCCUUGCUGGGUCAAAUGACCGCGAAAGCAGAGAAGCUACUGUCGUUGGAGUAGCUCAAAUUAUUGACCACCCACGGUUUAGCACUGAAACCAUGCAAAAUGAUAUUUCUGUUUGGAAACUAUCAAGACCAAUUCCAGAAAGUAACACGAUUAAAUAUGCCAGGAUGCCGCGGCAGGGCGAGGACCUGCCACGCUCAGCUGCAGUAAAGGUAGCUGGCUGGGGAGCUAUACGGGACACAAGAAAUAAACCACAAGGUGCUCAAGGCAUACUGGCACGAGAUGCUCCACAAGAGCCUUCCCCGAAACGAUGGGUUCCUGUCAUCACUCCGGGCCCCCAGCCGCGGCCUCCAGUCGACGAGACAAUGUCGCCUUUCCUCCUGCGAGAAGCUUCGCUCAGCGUCGUCGACCUCAACUCCUGCAUAGAGGCAUACAUAUCUGCGUCUAAAUCCAAGCGUGGCCAAUUCAGCAAAAGCUUCGUUCCGCAAUUUGCACAAACUAUGAUGUGCGCAGGUGUAUACGGAGGGGCCCAGGAUUCCUGCUAUGGAGACAGUGGCGGUCCUCUUGUUGAUGCCAACUCCAAAGCACUGGUUGGUGUAGUUUCGUUUGGUCUUGCUUGUGGACAUCCGAAAGCUCCCGGCGUUUAUACCAAAGUCAGCAGCUAUCUGGACUUUAUUAGGCGAGUAGCUGGCAAUAUCGGCGGUAACGGCGACAAUGGCAAUGGUAACGGCGAUAAUAACAAUAACAGUGAUAACGGCGAUAACAGCAGCGGCAACGGCGACGAUGACGGCGUUACUCAGGUGCCUCCAAACAACUAUAAUUACUGUAGACACUUGAUUGGACAAUUCUUGCUAACCGCCGGUAACGGCGUCGUUAUCCAGGUGCCUCCAAACUUUAUUUACUGUUUACGCUUGCUUUCUAAAGUCCAGCCAUCUUUCUAG